AAAGAGAGAAUAUGGGUGAAUUGGGGAGACAGAAAGAGAGAUAAUCUGUGAUUGAAUAGUGGUUGUGGGGAUGGGGUCGUGCCUCUCGGUGACGAGGGCAUCGCCUGUUGUUGGCAGAUGUGAGGAAUCAGCCACUCCCACAACAUCCUCCAAGCAUGAUUAUAGCAUGGAAAUGCGUUUGCAUAGAGUUGCUGGCAGAAUCUUCUUGAAUGGUUCCUCACAGGUUGCUUCCUUGUUCUGCAAGCAAGGCAGAAAAGGGGUCAACCAGGAUGCAAUGCUUCUAUGGGAGAAUUUCUGUAAUAAGGAGGGUACCGUUUUUUGUGGUGUCUUUGAUGGGCAUGGACCUCAUGGCCAUACGGUUGCAAAGAAAGUGAGGGACUCUUUCCCCUUAAAGCUCAUUGCUCAAUGGAAUUUGCAUCCAAACAACAAUGCUCAUACGUUGGUUGAUACAAGUAAUUUUGCAAAGCUCAGAGAAUCCUUUUUGAAGGCGUGUAAGGUUAUGGACAAGGAACUCAAACUACACCAUCAUAUCGAUUGCUAUUGCAGCGGGACCACCGCCGUUACCUUGCUCAAGCAGGGGCACGACCUGGUCAUUGCCAAUAUCGGGGACUCCAGAGCUGUAUUGGGUACACUUGAUCUUCAAGGCUCUCUUAUUGCCGUUCAAUUGACAACUGAUCUCAAGCCUAAUCUUCCAAGGGAAGCAGAGAGGAUCAGAAUAUGUAAAGGAAGGGUGUUUGCCCUUGAGAACGAACCAAGGAUUGCUCGAGUGUGGCUACCCAACGUAGAUUCCCCUGGGUUGGCUAUGGCACGUGCUUUUGGAGACUUUUGCCUCAAGGAUUUUGGAGUCAUUUCUGUUCCUGAUGUCUCGUAUCACCGCCUCACUGAAGAGGAUCAAUUUGUCGUAUUAGCCACAGAUGGGGUAUGGGAUGUUUUAUCAAACCAAGAAGUUGUGAGCAUUGUGGCAUCUACUCCGCGAUACUGUGCAGCUCGAAUACUGGUGGAGUCAGCUGUUCAAGCAUGGAGGACCAAGAUGCCCACUUCCAAGGCUGAUGAUUGCUCUGUAGUUUGCCUCUUUUUUGAUUCAGAUUCACACCCAAAAAACAACUCGGAGGUAACAAAUGAGUGUUCCCGCAUUGGCACUAGGGCUGUAGUUGAGCAAUCACCACUACUUGAACAAAAGCAGCAAUAGCGUAUCUUUUGUGCUUUAUCUCUCCCGUGGCUUUGUUUACAAGGUUGGGAGACAGGAUUAGGCUGCAACAACGAUUGCAUCACUAAGUUCGAUUAUUACUUUGUUUUACUUUUCUGACAAUAUUCUUCUCCCUGUACAGCACAGCUAUUCAAAGUGAAAGAGAAAGGCCUUGGAUACAUGCAUCAUGUUACUCAUACACCUUAUUUUAGGAUGUUGGAGGUGAAAAAUCGGAGAAAGAGAAAAAAAAAAAAAGGUUAAAAAGAAAGGAAGAGAGAAGUAAAAAAUGUUAGAUGUUGUGAUGUGAUAGGAAAAAAAAGGAAAAAAAAAAAUAAGAUGAAAAUAUUGUACAAAGGUAUGAAUAUCAUGUUGCUCAUAUAUACUAUAUAUGCAGCCUUUUUUCUCUUUUAAUUUUUGGUCACUUUCCUCUUCGGUAGGUGUAGACUUCUAUUGAGAUUUUAACAAUUAUAUAAUGUCAUAAGUGUAUUUUUACAGCUCAAGUCUACUCUUACUGUAACAAUCAAAUCUAAAUUGUAUGAUUCAACUCAACUAAACUAUAUAAAAUAAGUCACAAACUGAGUGAAAAAGGAUAAUUAAAUUUACGACAAUUUGCAAACUGAAAUAUGUUAAUCUGUGGCUGGGAGACCUAACACGGAUCAAGUCUCCAACAGUAAAACAUGCUACAACAUAUAUACCCUAAUUUCAUGUUG